AUCACCUGCACUCCCAAGACCAACAAGAGUACGGUCAAAAGCUUCAAGAUAGCCACCUCCACCGCCGAGGCUCAAGCCAAGUCCGGGGGCUUCAGUACGACCACCAAGAGCGGCUACCCGCACCAGUACCAGAACUUCAACGCCCUGACCUGGGGCGUCCAGGAGUGUGACGACCAGACGAAGAACAGUGACAGCAAGCUGAUGGAGUACCCGGUCUACUGGACCGGAGCCUCGAGAAAGGCGUGGUCCAAGGACGAGAAAAAGAAAGCCAUGGGGACCAAUUGGGAGACCCCUAUGCGAGUCGUGUACAUGGAAGGGAGCAACGAGGAAUUGAUCUACUGCGGUGUGAUGAUACACGAGACAGUGGAAUCGAGCCUUUCGGGCACGGAUGGGUUUGUCGUGUGUUCGUGAGGGUGGUUCCCCCUCUGGCUCUCACCCUUGAAACCGGGGUUUGCUUUCUUCUUUUCUCUCCCUCCCCUGCCGAGAGAUCUUAUUG